CGGAAAAAGCGGAAAAGGCGUCGUGCAAGUAAAUUUAUUUAUUUAAAGGUCGUGUGUUUCUGUUCGGAUUAUCUAGUGGAGUGUGGAAAAUCAUGACUAAACCGGAGAUAAAACGUCGCGAGGAGGAACUGCAAUCGAAGCGGGUUUGUCGUUUUUGUCUCGAGCCGGACGCUUCGCUUUUGUCCAAAAUCUACGAGCAGCAAACGAAAUGCUCAACGGCGCCGCUAACGCUACAAAUAAUGGCUUGUGUGGCUAUCGAGGUCUACUCCGGAGACGGUAUGCCCGAAUUUAUCUGCGGCACGUGCCGCGGCGUGAUGGAACAUAGCUAUCAAUUUAAGCAAAUUUGCAAAAAAGCCGAUUCGCUGCUGAAAUCCUUCCUUACCUCCGGGGAAUGGCCUGCGAAGUUAACGGUGCCGAAGUUAAUGCCACAGUCUCCGCCAGCCACAGUUUCUUUGUCGAUUCCCAAGGCGGAAUCACAACCGUCACUUGGCAAAGCAAUUUCUUCCAAAGCAUCGCCGGAUGCCACGCAGCAGCAGCCAAAGUUGGCAAUAAAAACCGAAAAGCCUCGGUUAAUCGUUUUGGAUACGAAAAGUUUACAACAAAUCAAAAAGGGACAACUCGUAAAUGCUCCCCAGCCGCCUUCGCCACGCUCACGCACUGCUGGCCCACAACACACCUCCACACCGAUCGCUCGUCGACCGACCGCUAAACCACCGAUAGUAGCCGAGGAGGUGGAAUUAGCCGAACCGGUACCGCAACCGGAAGCGGUUCGAUCAAAACCUGAGCCUGUUGCAAAGAAGCCGAAAAUUUUAAAUGGACUAGCCAAGCCAGCUGUACAAAAGGUUGAAGAGAGCUUCGUAACCACGGGUGACGGUACGGUGCAGAUGGUACUUACAAAACCGACGAACGUCUCAUCGCCCGGUUCGACAGCAAAUGAAUACAGCGUCGACAAUUCCAGUGACAGGAAAGUGUUUCCAUGUUCGGAGUGUGAUCGAUCGUUUCCGCUGAAGCAGCUACUGGACAUUCAUAUGCUUAACCAUUCCCGGGCACGGAACUUCCCGUGCGAUCAGUGUGAAAAGCGGUUCUUUUCGAAAUAUGAUCUCGCGAAGCACAUGUCAACCCAUACCGGCGAGCGGCCGUACGUGUGUGUAAUCUGUCGGGCCGCGUUCAGCCGAUCGACGCUGCUUACGCGCCAUCAGGCCGUACACAAGGAUCAACCGAAGUACCGGUGCGUUUACUGUGGACGCGAGUUCCUGGCACCCAUGGAGCUGGGCAAGCACAUGGCACACCACGAGAAGACGCGACCCUUCCAGUGUGCCUCCUGUCCCAAGAGCUUCCGCUACAAGCAGGGGCUGGAGCGGCAUGAGACAACGCAUAUGGCCAAUCAGCCGUUCAAGUGUGAGUACUGCCAUCUGAGUUUCAUGACGAACGUGAAGCUAUCGCGCCACUUGACGGCCCACGCCGGUGCUCGACCCUAUCCGUGUCGUAUAUGCACCAAAUCUUUCCUGUUGAGUCAUCACCUUACGCGCCAUCUGCGUAGUCAUGGCACGAGUGAUUAUGCGCAGUAUCGUUGCGGAGACUGCGAGGAAGUGUUCAAGGAUCCGAAUUCGCUCAUCUACCAUUCGGCGCAGCAUGCUACCGAAAGUCUUACGUGUCCCCUGUGUCGCGAGCAGUUCGAGGAUGUAGAGCAGGUGGUCGAGCAUAUCCAGUGGCAUUCCGACGCGCCACAGUUUCUCUGUGACUAUUGUGAUCUGAUGUUUAUCUCCAAGGAGAAACUGGAGGCUCACUGGAAGGAUAUGCAUGCGAAUGAGCUGGCACAGGAACGGUCCUGGGUUCAGCACAAGCAGAUCACUAUGGAGGACGAGGAUUCGCAUCAGCGGGAACGGCAGGAACCAUCAUCUCUGGGGGACGAAUCGCAGGAGGGUGCCCUGCUUAGCAACGAGCAGCGUACAAGGCAGAUCACGAUCGAUGGAGAACUGAUCGAGGCAGAUUUGCUAUUAGAAUCCGAUGUCGCCGGAUUCGACGAAGGGAACGGUAUUUAUCUUUAUAAUGAUAAUGGAGAAAUCUUCCGCGAUCAACCGGAAAUGGAGAACAAUCUGGUGUUCGAAGUGACAGAGUUCGAGCUGGCACCCAAGGAUGAGGCAACCGACGAUCCGAUCAUAGACCCAUUGGCAAACCGAAAUUCGAAAUCAUCAUCACUACCAAAAGAACCAAGCAAUGCUAAGACGCUAGCAGAUGAAAUGAGCAAGAAGCUCAGCCGGCAGCCUUGUUUGGAAAAUUUCUUCAACAAAGAAACAAAGAAAACGGCUGCUGAUGUGUUGAAGAACCUGCCCAAGGGCGUAACGAUCAAAAAGCCAACAUCAUCGGGCAAGGUACAGGAGAAGCCAACCGCUCCCAGUACCACGGAACCGAAGGUAUCUCCAGCAACGGAGCAAAAAAGAAAGACGGUCAACGUGGCUCCGGUACGGGCAGCAAGCACCACCGGUAAAAGGACUUCUGCGGAAGCCCCGAAGAGCUCAUCAACCGGAAACACGGACAAAAUCUCGCCUAAGGCAAAGGUGCGAGUUGUAACGAAACACAGUCCCCAGGAGGUGGCAAGGGAGAAGUCUGUCGCAGUGAAAUCGGCGCCUGAAAGGAAGAUGUCAAGCAGAGCAACGGCCUCCGUUGCAGGUAGGUCGAGCGCGGCGAUAAAGCGAACAGCUGAACCGGCCUCUUCGCCCGAUGAGGAAGCGGGUCCUAGCAAACGGCAAACGAUACAGAGAGCAGCCAUCAUGACUAGCAAUACAAAACUAGAUGCCACUAGCCUCCGGGCGAUUAAACGUGUAGCUGCCGGUACACCCGUAGGUAAACCGAUCGAGAUGAACGUCGGUGGACAGAAGAUCAAGAUGCACAAGGUCUACAUGAAAAAGUCGGUCCAAGCCCCACAGCUCAAACUGAGAAGCAAACAAUAGGAGGGAUAGUUGUUUCUAGGAUCUCAGUAUAAGAUUUUAUUUUCUGGUUUUUGCUUUCCAAACUUUUCAAUCGGCAAUGGAACAGACAUGCAGUUUUACAAGAAUCAAAUGAGUAUUCGACUGUUGCCAAUCUAGAAGCGUUAAGUUUAAUUAACUUUAAGUCGGUAUUCGUCAAUAAAAUAAACCCAUUA